UAAAUUGCUUUCACCAAAGCCCAGUAAGGGGAAUUUUUAUUACAACUCUGAUUAAAAGGAGAAAGUUUUGAAGUUUUGCUUUGGUUUACAAAGUGUAGCCUUGUCAUUCUUCCUCUUCUUUGUGUACAGUGAGGCCCUUUAUCUAGCAGAGGCUUCUAAUUCCUGAAGUGAAAUCCUCUUAGGAUCUAUGCUCUAUUUCUGUUUGGUCUAUUGGGUCUUUUUUAAAAUCUCCAAUAGACCUAUCUCAUUGGCUGGAAACAACAUACGCAGGCACACAAAAAAAAAAACACACAUGGUCCAGCAACAGAUAGCUCCAACAAGUGAUCGAGAGAACAGCAGUGCAUGAUUAACUGCUGACACAAAGGGAGGACUUUAUCUGACAGCGAAAGGUAGCUGACCACAACAAUGUCUGGCCGAGUAAUUGAUUUGGAAGAGACCGCGACCCAUACAGGUCCAAAGGGGGUCAUUAAUGACUGGAGGAGGUUCAAGUUGGAAAGUAUGGACCGGGAGAAUUUGCCUCCUGCAAAAAAGGAACUUCUGAGGCAAAUGUCGUCCCCCAAUAAAUCAAAAGAUGAUUCCAGAGCUAACCUGAACCGCAAGAUGAGUGUCCAAGAGUAUGAACUACUCAAAGAGGAGGAUGAAGGAUGUCUGAAGAAAUACAGGAGACGAUGCAUGGAAGAGAUGCACAGCAAGCUCAGCUUCGGCCCCAAGUUUGAAGGUGUGCACGACCUGGACAGUGGCGAGGCCUUCCUUGAAGUCAUCGAGAAGGAGCAUCACAGCACAGUGGUGGUUGUGCAUAUUUACAAGGAUGGGGUGAAAGGAUGCGAGCAGCUCAAUAGCUGCCUGGACUGCUUGGCCACAGAGUACCCCACUGUAAAAUUCUGCAAGAUUGAUGCCGUCUCAUCCGGUGCAGCCGAGCGUUUUUCGGAUGAGUAUUUACCGACACUGCUGGUAUACAAGGCUGGGGAGCUCAUAGGGAACUUCCUGUCCUGCACGCAGCACAUGAACGAGGAGUUCUUUGCAACCGACGUUGAAGCUUUCCUCAACAGUUACGGUCUGCUCCCAGAGAAAGAGCUGGCUGGAGAUAACGAGGAGGAAGAACAUGACGUAGAAUGAAACCAGAGUUUGGCUGCUGCAGGAGAAAGAGGUUGGGUAAAGAUAUAAGUGAAGCAGUUUAUAUAUAAAAUGUCCAUGUUUUGUUGUUGUUGUUUUUUUGCUUAAGCAACUAGGAAAAUCAUAAUUUUUCCUAUAUAACACUAGCAUUGGACUGUUUCUUGAGAAUGUUUUUAUAUAUAGGUGGUGGGGAAACUUUACUAGCUUGGAAAAAGGAGUUGCUGAAUGAGAAAACACUCCAUUCCUCAUCACCACUUGAAAAGCCAAAACAAGAUAACUGACAAUGAAUACAUUGUUUUAUUAGGAAAUAUCUUCAUGUAUAUAUUAUAUACAUGUGCAUGACCAGAUUCAUUUAUAGUGGUUUUUUAGCAUUUGAUUGUAUUUAUGUGUACUCAAAACAUUUGCAUCCAUGAGCUAUACAUUUUUUAAUGUAACAUAAUACGCACAUGUACUGUAUAUUUAUUAUGUUUGUGUUGUUCUGAUAAAGACUAAAUAAAUGACACUGGAAACCUUGA